GUCCCGGAUCGGGCAAUGGUGACUCGCCGCCAAACUUCUCGGCCGACAUGGCGCACAAGCCAGUCAAGAGCGCGCGCAAACGGCGCACCAGCAUCCCGGAGAAGCCCAACUACCCGCUCAAUCUGUGGAGCAUCAUGAAAAACUCGAUCGGCAAGGAGCUGACCAAAAUCCCUGUGCCGGUGAACUUCUCGGAGCCACUCUCCAUGCUGCAGCGCCUGACGGAGGACUUCGAGUACAGCUAUCUGCUGGACAGGGCGGCCGAGUGCUCCGACUCGUGCGAGCAGAUGUGCUAUGUGGCGGCGUUCACGGUCAGCGCGUACUCCACCACCAGCACGCGCUCUGGCAAGCCGUUUAACCCGCUGCUCGGCGAGACGUACGAGUGCGACCGGCGCGACGACUUCGGCUGGAGGGCCGUCUCCGAACAGGUGUCGCACCAUCCUCCGAUGGUGGCCCAGCACUGCGACGGCCCCGGCUGGGAGUGCUACCAGGAGUUCACCAUGUCGUCCAAGUUCCGCGGCAAAUACCUGCAGGUCAUCCCGCUGGGCAUUUCACACCUGCACUUCCCGAAGACAGGCAACCACUUCACGUGGCGCAAGGUGACCACGACCGUGCACAACAUCAUCGUCGGUCGACUGUGGGUGGACCAGCACGGCGACAUGGAGAUCGUCAACCACAAGACGGGCGACAAGUGCAACCUCAAGUACGUCCCGUACAGCUACUUCUCGCGGGACGUGCUGAGGAAGGUGACGGGCUGCGUGUCGGACGCCAACGGCCAGGUCCGGUGGGUGCUGAUGGGCACCUGGGACCAGAAGAUGGAGUGCUGCAAGGUGCUCAACUCCAACACGUCCGUCAAGGGCAAGCCGGUCAUCGAGACCGGGCCGCCGCGCAUGCUCUGGAAGGCCAACACCUUGCCGUCGGAUGCAGAGAAGUACUACAACUUCAGCCAGCUGGCGAUGGAGCUGAACGAGCCGGAGGAGAACGUGUCUCCGACGGACUGCCGGCUGCGGCCCGACCAGCGGCUCAUGGAGCAGGCGCUCUGGGACGAGGCCAACGAAGAGAAAGUCAGGCUGGAGGAGAAGCAGCGGGCGGCGCGGCGGCGGAGAGAGGCAGAGGCGGAGGCGGCAGCUGCCGAGGGUACGUCAUCAGCCGAUGGCGUCGAGUACAAGGGGUACACACCAUCGUGGUUCCGCAAGGAGCUGGACCCGUACACCAAUCAGUACACGCACAUGUACACGCGUGACUACUGGGACUGCAAGGAGAAGCAGGACUGGUCGCGCUGCCCGGACAUCUUCUAAGCGGCGGUGCCCGCCCGAUUCCCCGGCUGGCGCGCGUGGCCGCCGCCGCCCUGUGAUCUGCGGGGCGCGAGCCCGCUCGUGCGCGCCCGAGGGACGACUGGUCUUC